AUGGACGAAAGAACUUUUAUUGCAGUAAAACCAGAUGGAGUCCAGCGGGGAUUAAUUGGUGCAAUUAUUACACGUUUUGAGCAACGUGGAUAUAAACUUGUUGCUAUCAAACUUGUGACAGCAUCACGCACUCUGUUAGAAAAACAUUAUGUUGAUCUUCAGGAAAUGCCUUUUUUUAAUAGCUUGGUAUCAUAUAUGGAAUCCGGGCCUGUAUGUGCAAUGGUUUGGCAGGGUAAAGAUGUUGUAAAGACAGGUCGUGCAAUUUUAGGUACAACAAAUCCAUUGAAUUCGGCGCCUGGAACUAUUAGAGGAGACUUUGCAAUCGAUGUUGGUCGUAAUGUCUGUCACGGUUCAGAUAGUAUUAAGAAUGCGCAAAGAGAAAUUAAUCUCUGGUUUUCUAGCAGUGAAAUCCAAAACUGGUCUAGCCAUAGCCAGUGCUGGGUAAGAAACAAAAAAGAUGUUUAGUAUAAGUUUUACCAAUAGCGUAAAGUCUGUGAUAAAAAAACAAAAACA